ACCAUGGAAUUGAAAACGACUGUACGGUUCAAUACGUUCUCCAUUGUAACAUGACGAAAUGGUCUAAUAACAAAGUAAAAGCAUUCAACAUGAAAAGUAAAAGGCGUAAUUAAUGAGACUGGUUCUCAGCAUGAUAUAAUAGCAAAAUAUACAUGGUUUAAUUUUCAAUACUUCGUAGUUAUUCUAUUUGCUUGUGGAUAAUCGACUACAGUUACAGAAUGAAAGUAAACGAAGUAGGAUCUCCACAAAUUACCUCGAGGGAUCAAAGCAGCAGAUUCGAAAGCCCAAUUUCGUCGAAGUUUAAGCUCAACGCAGCAGGAAAGACGCGUAGGAUCGCGGGCAAAAACCUAACCUCAGUUAUUUUACAACAACGUCAGGCACUCCGCGUGAUAGAGGAUGACGUUGAUGUCACUCCAAAAUUACUGAGCCAUCCAACCUACAGUUCGCUUGACGAGAAACAGAUAACUGCAUUCGAAACAAUCGGAUUAUCCCAGACCGGCAGUGUCGGUACACUGUCCAUUCUUUCCGGUUUAAGCAUCGCAGUAAAAGAAAGUUCCUCUACGAUCAUCAGAUCCUCCUCAGUUCCUUCCGGUUCGAUGACAACGGAUGAUAUUCUGUUUGAAAGUUUAUUAUCCACUCAAACAGAUGAUUUUGAUGAUGAUGGUGAUGAUGAUGAUAAAGUUCCCCCUCAAUUUUAUCUACCUAGGUAAUUUUGGGUACGAGUAUUAUAAUUAGAUAUUAUAAAAUUUUAUAUACAUAGUUUAAAAAGGUGUUUUAGAAACAUUAAAUAGCUAAUUUAUAAUUUAUAAAAUAAGGUAUUCUAAGAAUUUUAAGGCUGUUAUUAGGAUUAUGAUA